UGACCAAGUCUUCCCAACCUCAAAAUUAGUAUAGGAGGUACCAUCCUUAGUUUGAGGUGGCUUUUAGAAGGGGAAGGGCUGAUCAUAUUAGAGUUUCAAGCCAGACAGGGAGGAGUACUUAGUAUACGUGGUUCUGUCCCACUGUUUUAAGACCUUUGUACCACAUUGUAAACCUAGGAAGAGGCAAACAAACUGUAUGAAAACAGCUUCUGAACAUCUUGUUCUUUAACUAGUCCUGGAACUAUUCUACCAAGAAAUGUGACUGGUUGUGACAUCUUCCCAGUGGACCCUGUCCUGGGGUGAGGGACUCUAAUAAUGCUGCAUUUUCUAUUCAUGCUCAAAGAUUUGUCACCAUGUGUCAAUGUUAUUGACAGGUUACUUUGCCUUCACUCUCUCCUGUAGGAAGUGGUUGAGUAUCCAAAACUUAAGUAUGUUAAGACCACAUCCAACAAAGGCAGGAGCCUGAGCUUGAAGACCUAAUUUGGAAAACAAGAUUGUAAAUCUAAUGAUGAGACUGCAAACCUAUUUUGUGAUUGCUCUUCAUCUCUUCCUGUCUUAUUUUAAUGAUACUGAUGUUAGUUCAAAGUAAUUUGCCUGGUGGCAGAGACCUGGUAUUUCCCUACAGGUGUAAUCAGAUCUCUUGAGUUUAAGUUGUUUUUUUUUUUUAAAGCUCCUGUACUCUUAAUGGUCAAUAAGUGUUGACAAAACCCUCUGAUUUAAACUCUUUCUUGGUCCUUCAUGCAGGUUGAAUGCAUGACAGAUCUGGAUUUCUCUCUAAAACCCAACUACCUAUUCUCUAGUUCCCCAACCCUUGUAGCACACAGUGUCUCAAGAAAAGUAAGCUUCUGGUGGUAGUCUUAUAGUAGUAGUAACUGCUGCUGUUGUUCUAUAGAAGAGAUUAAUAGAUGGGAGACCUCACUUCCAUACUGAUCCUUCUUAACAAACUUUGACACUUGUCUCCUAGUUCUCCUGCUCUCACUCACCUUUCCCAGUCUCCUUUGGUGAAAUCCUCUUCCUCUACUACCCCUUAAAGAAAUGUUGAUGUGCCCAGGUCUCUUCUUUUGGUGUAUCUUCUCCCCAAGGAAUCUCAUCCCACAGCCUUAGAUUUUACUCCACCCAAAUCUGAAUCACUAGCCCAGAGUUCUCCCUCUGUAGCUUCAGAUCUGUACAUCUGGCUCCUUAUUUAACCUUCUCCAGUGUUUUCCAUCUGAACAUUCCACACACAUUAUAUACUCCCCAAUAUAACAUAUGCCCCUCCCCUUGUUUUCCUUAUUAUAUUAGUUGGUACUAUAAACUACCAAGACUCUCAAGUCAAAAGACUGGGAAUUACCCUAGCUUAUCUCCUUCCCACCCUACCCUUAAGUCAAUCAUGUUAUCCUUACUCCUCUGUAUAUCUGGAUCCCCUUCACUUCUCGCCAUCCUCGCAGCCACUGUCUUCUUGCCCACCCCAUUUCACUAGGCUGGAGUCUUCAUCUUCAGUCUCACUAUCCUCCAUCCCAUCUCUCACUCCCCUCAUUAGACUGCUUACCUUGCUUAAAAGUUGAGUUGUCAUAGACGGUUCCUCACAAUCUGAUCCCAAGCCUUAUGCUCCAGCACUUAUUGUUAAAACACUUCUUUCAGGCAUAUACCACUUUAUAAGAGGCUCAAAAGCCUUUUUGGAACAAUAAAACAUACAUAUCCUUGCUACCUGAAGUGUGAUUCUAAGGACAUGCAAACCUAAGGGUCUGUAUCACCUGGGAUUUUAUUAAAAGCCUAGAAUUUCAAGUUCUAAUUACUGUAUCAGAAUCUUCAUUUUAAUAAGAUCUCCGGGUGAUUUAUGUGUACAGUAAAAUUUGAGAAGCAAUGACUUGUAAAAUACCGUUUGUUUUUUUUUUAAUAAGUAAAGAAAUCAGAGCUGAAGGAAAAUUUGGUGAAGCCAGAGCUGAAGUAAUACUGAUAAAUGCAUGAAAUCAGGUGGCUGGAGAAGGGAGACACUGGUGAAGGGUAUACUGAUUUUGAGGAAGCCAAACAGCAAACAACUAGAUCAAGUUGAGAUUUUUAAUGUACUCGAUUUAGUAUUUACUCUCUCACCAUCUCUCUCUUGCCUCCUUUCAUAUCACUGUGCCUACAUCAAAAAAUCUCUUUAAAGGCCACUCUUGGGUCAGUGGUUAAGACUCCACACUUCAGUGCUUCCUGAAGCACAGAGAGCUUGGAUACCAUCCCUGAUUGAGGAACUAAGAUCCUACAUGCUCGGAGACUUGGCAAAAAAAAAAAAAAGCCACACUAUCUUGCCAGAGGGCUAAAAAACCAAGCCCUCCUCUCCAGCCCCCAGCCCUUCUUUAGUUUUCUGAGGUUGUGAAGUUAGCUAGGAAAGAUUAAAGGCAGGAGAAGGGGAUGACAGAGAAUGAGAUGGUUGGAUGGCAUCACCCACUCCAUGGACAUAAGUUUAAGUAGACCCCGAGAAUUGGUGAUGGACAGGGAGGCCUGGUGUGCUGCAGUCCAUGGGAUCGCAGAGUCGGAUACAACUGAGAGAUAGAACUGAACUAAGGUUAGCUGCGGCAGAGAUCAAAGAACAGGCUUAUAGUAUCUUGCAACCUUUAUUCAUCCUUUAAUCAGCCCACUUAUUCCUCAAUUAAUGUCUGUGCACCAGGCCAUCAAGACACUUUAACCCUGUACUGAAACUGAUUAAUGGGGGGGAGCAUAAUAGCUGUGCUUAGGGGCACACACUUGAAUCAGACACACUCAAGUAUGAAUCCCAGCUCCUGCCCCUAAUACAAGAUCCGUGACUUCCAACCAUGACCUAAACUCUCUGGGCUUUGGUGUCCUCACUUGUAACUGUAACUAAUAAUAGUGUCUUACUAUCCAACUGUUAAGAGGAAUGGAUGAAUACAAGCAAAAAAAACGUGUGCCAUACCUCACGCGUUCCCAGCACCCGCUGGAAACAGUAAAUAGUAAAUGACUGAGUUUUUGCAGAGCUCAUAGGCAAAAGCAGGCCGGCCUAUUUGGGGCCAGGAGGAACUGGAGGCCACUGCGGGUCCCGGGACAUGCUCCAACUUUCGCUGAGUUUGGGGCUUGCUCCCGCGAGGGUAGGGCGGGAUCUUCGGGUUGAGUGACAGCCGGCCCGCCCCCGGCGUGACGUCGUCCCGGUGUUGUGGCUGCGGCCGCACGUGGUAGAGUCCGCCACAGACUCCGCUGUGCGUUCUCAGCACCAGCCGCUGCCCUCCUGCUCUCUCCGUUCUCUAUGUCCUCAUCCACCAGCUGCCCGAUUCCUGGGGGCAGGGAAGGACUGCCCGACUGCUACAGCAGCACGCCGGGGGGCACGCUAUACGCCACUACCCCCGGAGGCACCAGGAUCAUCUACGACCGAAAGUUCCUGCUGGAGUGCAAGAACUCACCCACUGCCCGGACGCCUCCCUGCUGCCUCCCUCAGAUUCCCGGCGUCACAGCUCCUCCAACAGCCCCACCCCCCAAGCUAGAGGAGCUGACGGAGCAGAAGGAGACAGAGGAAGAGAUACCCGAUGAUGCACAGUUUGAAAUGGACAUCUAAUCCCGUGCAGAUGACCACGUGUGGAAUGAGAGGAAUCCGUCACGCUGCUGCCGCUACCUCCUUUCUCUGGGGUAUCCAAAGGCCUGCUGGGCUCAUCUAAUCCGGAAGGGGGUGAUCUGUUGGUUCUGGGCCUCCAUGUUGGGUCUGAGGCAGCUAGACCAGGGAUAGGAGUGGGCAACUUGCCAAGCCCUUAGCUCUACUUUCUCUUUGGUCUGUAGGCACUCCUCCCAACCCCUGGCACUGGGCUCCAGCUGAGGCUGGGCCAGGGGAAUGGAGAAUGUCACUUUCUGACUGCUUAGUAAACAUUCAAAGAAA